CCCCCUCUGCCGGCGCUGCCGCAGAGCCUCCACCGCAACGCGAAGCCCACACAGCCGCUCCGGUCCGCCCCUCCUCUGGUCUGUCACGCUCGGCGGCUCCUCCGAGAGGCUCCUCGCUCCCUCCCUCAGCCUCACGCCGCGAGCAGGAGGCAGCGGCAGCUGGAGUGGAGGGAGCACCGCGUCUCUCCGCCGCCUGCGCCCCGGUUGAGUAUUACAGCUUCACUUGUACCUGGGCUUUUUCUACUGAUGUCCAACACGCAGUAGACAUUCCAAACAAUAUUUGGCAGGUGCCUUUGCAGCGUAGCAGCAGUCCUUUUGAUACAGGAUGGAGGACACAUACAAAGACAGGACUUCGCUAGUGAAAGGGGCCAAAGAUAUUGCUAAAGAGGUGAAGAGGCAAGCAGUGAAAAAAGUUAAUAAAGCAGUUGACAAAGCCCAGGAUGGCUACACACAGAGAUCCUACAGUCGAUUCCAGGAUGAGGAAGAUGAUGAUGAUGAUUACUAUGGUCAAGGAGGAAAUUAUGGUGUAGAAGCUAAUGAUGAUGAAGGAUCAAGUGAAGCAACUGAAGGACAUGAUGAAGAUGAUGAAAUUUAUGAAGGAGAGUAUCAGGGAAUCCCCAGCACAGGGCAGGGUAAGGAUGACAUGGUGGCCUUAGGUCAGUCUAUGCGUGAUGAAUACAAGGAUCGUCGUGAACUGGAAACAGAGAGGAAAGCUGACGAAGAAGAGCUAGCACAGCAAUAUGAAUUGAUAAUACAAGAAUGUGGCCAUGGUCGUUUCCAGUGGGCCCUCUUCUUUGUGCUAGGAAUGGCCCUAAUGGCUGAUGGAGUGGAAGUGUUUGUGGUUGGAUUUGUGUUGCCCAGUGCUGAAACAGAUAUGUGUAUACCCAAUUCCGGAUCAGGAUGGCUUGGGAGUAUCGUGUACCUUGGGAUGAUGGUGGGGGCAUUCUUCUGGGGAGGCUUGGCAGACAAGGUGGGAAGGAGACAAUCACUCCUGAUAUGCAUGUCUGUCAAUGGAUUCUUUGCCUUCCUUUCAUCCUUUGUCCAGGGCUAUGGCUUCUUCCUCUUCUGUCGCUUGUUUUCAGGAUUUGGGAUCGGUGGAGCCAUGCCAACAGUCUUCUCCUAUUUUUCGGAAGUGCUUGCUCGGGAGAAACGAGGUGAACACCUGAGCUGGCUCUGUAUGUUUUGGAUGAUUGGUGGCAUCUACGCUUCUGCAAUGGCUUGGGCAAUAAUUCCUCAUUAUGGAUGGAGUUUCAGCAUGGGCUCUGCCUACCAGUUCCACAGCUGGCGAGUAUUUGUGAUUGUCUGUGCACUGCCUUGUGUCUCUUCUGUGGUUGCCCUCACCUUUAUGCCGGAAAGCCCACGGUUCCUGCUGGAGGUUGGAAAACAUGAUGAAGCUUGGAUGAUACUCAAGCAAAUUCAUGACACAAACAUGCGUGCUCGUGGUCAGCCCGAGAAAGUCUUCACUGUUACCAGAAUCAAAACACCUAAGCAGAUAGAUGAGCUCAUAGAAAUUGAGAGCGAUACUGGAACUUGGUACAGGAGGUGUUUUGUAAGAAUCCGCACAGAGCUGUAUGGUAUUUGGUUGACAUUUAUGAGAUGCUUCAACUACCCAGUGAAGGAUAAUACAAUCAAACUUACAGCUGUGUGGUUCACCCUGUCUUUUGGCUACUACGGCUUAUCUGUCUGGUUUCCUGAUGUCAUUAAACAUCUGCAGUCAGACGAGUAUGCAUCCCGAGUGAAACAUUUCCGCAAUGAGGAGGUCUCACAUUUUGUCUUCAAUUUCACACUGGAAAACCAGAUUCACAGCAAUGGAGAAUACAUCAAUGACAGGUUUAUUAUGAUGAAAUUUAAAUCAGUAACCUUUGAAGAUUCGCUUUUUAAGAACUGUGUUUUUGAAGACAUUACUUCACUGAAUACAUACUUCAGGAACUGUACUUUUGUGAAUACCACCUUCUACAACACAGAUCUCGAGCAGUAUAAAUUUGUUGACAGUGAAUUGAUAAAUUGCACAUUUUUUCACGUCAGGACAGGAUGCCAGAUUUCUUUUGAUGAUGACUACAGUGCCUACUGGAUCUACUUUGUUAAUUUCCUUGGAACUUUAGCAGUGUUGCCAGGAAAUAUUGUGUCCGCUCUGCUGAUGGACAGAAUAGGACGGUUAACGAUGCUAGGUGGUUCCAUGGUUCUUUCUGGCAUCAGCUGUUUUUUCCUGUGGUUUGGGACCAGCGAAUCCAUGAUGAUUGGUAUGCUGUGCCUCUACAAUGGCCUCACAAUCUCAGCAUGGAACUCUCUGGAUGUAAUUACUGUGGAGCUAUAUCCUACAGACAGAAGGGCAACAGGCUUUGGCUUUCUGAAUGCACUAUGCAAAGCUGCAGCUGUACUUGGAAACCUAAUAUUUGGUUCCCUUGUUGGUAUCACCAAAGCAAUCCCUAUUCUCCUUGCUUCUACUGUUCUAGUAUGCGGAGGUCUGGUGGGACUUCGGCUUCCUGAUACAAGAACACAGGUGUUGAUGUAACUGGAAAAAACAUUCAUUAUUUAUUUCCUUCUUUGUACAAAUGCCAUUCUCCUGACUGAUGGUGCAAAGGCUUCAGAUUCUCAACACACAGUAGAGUGCUCAAAUGCCAGAAAUCAAACUCAAAAGAUACUUUGGAGUAGCAGAGAUUUAGCAUGUAUGAAAGUUUUACAUUCUUAAAUUUAAAAUUAAUUUAAAUUUAAAUUUAAAUUUAACUUUUGUUUGCUUGCAUACUUUGUUGUUCAAACCCAUUUCACUUUGAAGUGCAAAGCUACCUCUUAAAAUAGUUUUGGUGACAUAUCCAGGAAGGUAAAAACCAUACUGAUAAUUAGAUAUUUAAAAUGCAAGCAGUCAGAUUAUUUCAAAAGCACAUGCUAAAUUUGGCCAUGGCAUUAUGAGCUUUAGUAACAGUACAGACAUACAAGUCAAUUACUUAGCAGUAUUGGUGUGGGGAAUGUUAAUGUUUCAAUGCAUGCAACAUUUAUCAGGAAACUCAACUGAUUGCAUCAGUACUGGGAACAGUGACCUUCUGCAGCUGUGCUUAGGUGAUAAAAACUUGCAUGCAAUAACUUGUAGGCAGUGAUUCUUCCUUGGGAAACAUUUUUAGGCAGAUUCAAUCUAAGCAAAGAUUACCAACUACGCCCCAUACUGACUGAGGAGAAGGCAACAACUACUGCAGGGAAUAUAAAAGUCCAUAUAGGUAUGCAGCAGAGAGAAUAACAAAAUUAACAUUUUCGCUUUUUUACUGCUGAUGCUACUUUUGUUUUAUUCUUACUUGUGGCAUCUGGAUUUUUUUUUUUCCAUUUAAAACAGUGAAUUUGUCUUAUUCCAGGAAUGAAUGAAUGCAAAUAGUUCUGCUGUUGUUAGUAACAAUAAAGGAAGAAUCAGGCCAUUGAACUAUAUGAUAAUGAUGAUACUUUCAGAUGUUUAUUUGGAAUUUAUAUAUGUAAAGACCUUAAUUUUUUUCAUAGUUUCUACACUUCUUAAUACAACCAUUUUCUCAGCUAAUAGCUCCAGAAAUGUCUGACCAUGUAAUAUUUUCAAAUAUCUUUUCGAAAAGCCACUAAGAAAUAAGCCAUGGCAAGGCUGCAGGGAAUAAUAAUGCUUUUAUUAGACCAAGUGCAUAGAUGGAAAGCAAAUGGUAGUAAAUACAUUCCUUCUAUGCUGUGGACUGUUCUGAUUACUGGAAAAUUCCCCAUCAGUCCUAAUGCUAUGCAAAAGUUUAUGGGAUCUCUUUAAAAUAUCAGCAUUACAAAUUUAAUACAGAUACAUUUAUAAAAUCAUCAAAGAAAGGAGGCAGAUCCUCUGAUGACAAAAACUGGCAUUGCUUUCAUUGGAGCUAAGAAAACUUGUAUCAGGUGAUUAACUAUCUGCAGUUUCAAGUGUGAAGUAACAAAUUUGCUAUAAAAUAUAUGAAAAUUUUUAUUCAGUAUUUUUUUUAAUUAUGUCUGACAGCAUUUAUUAGGUAGAUGAAGCAUUGCAAAGCAACUAAGCUUUCAAAUAAGGUCAUCAUAUAGUAAGCUAGACCUUUUUUCAUUGAUUUUUCUCUUGCUCUUAGAUGUGAGCUCGGAUUUAGGUAGUAAUAUGUGGCACUGAAGUCUUUAUCAGUUAUCAUCUUUGUCAUGUUAAAAGAAUCAGUAAAAGUCUAUGUAAGAAGAUCAUUCAACAUAUUUAUAGUUCGCUGUUAAAUCUACUGAUUCUAGAAGUGAUAUUUUCAGCUACUAACAAAUGCCUCUGCUACACAUUGUAGCACAAAAAAUGUUAGCCCAAGAUGCUGUUUUCUCCUAUGAAAUGAGAAAAUUGGCAGAAUUUAAAAAGCGUGAGUAUGGAAAACAGGGGGGCAUUAUUUUGAUGUUGGCAAUUUAAAAAAAAUUUAGCAAGUGUGUUUAUUUUGGAGUGUUAAGAUGAAGAUAUUUGAGAUGAAAUACUUUAUGUUUAAAUCUGACUUAGACAUGUCUCUUAAAUUUCUAAACUAUGCUAAUAAAUGAGCAUUAACUAUUUUUCACUAAGGCCUAGAAAAAAUUCUGGCCUUAGUUUUGUAUCUGUGGCCUUUUUUCCACUAAUCAUAGCCUUAAUAUUAUUUUAAGGCUGUUUUCUAUAAUUAAUACUAUAUUUGAGCCCUUUUUCUUCAUGCAAUUCAUUAGUAGCACAUGUUUAACUCCUUGCACAUACUGCACAUUUAUUUUGAAAUCUGAAGCCUCUGUACGUAUUUAGAAUAAACACCAACAACAAUGGUAUAAUAUUGCUUUGUGUUGCUGUGCACUGUCCUCUUGCAGUAGUAUAUUCUGUCCAUCUCUGCAUGUAAUUCCCAUAACAGAUGCAAUACUUCACACCUUCUGACCAGCUUGAAGGAAAUGGGUCACAGAAAAAUAAUAUUCAGCUUUUGAGGUCUAUGAUUCAAGUUUAACACUCUAAAAUCUCAUGACAUGUAAAUUUAUGUUGAUUUCUGUGUUGGUCUUAUAAUAAAUCCUGACUAUAUCAUAGGUCUGGGUUAAAAUCUGGAUGAAAAUAAAUGUAGCAAUAGGAAUUAGCAGAGAUUUUUAAAAACAGACACAGCAUAGUCCAGAAUUAUAAAGUUCUAAUGUAAAAAAAAUAAAAAAAAAUAAUAGUGGGUAGGAAUUGAGAGAAUAAGUAAAUGAGAGAGAUGAACAAAGAAAAGAAGCAAGAACAAUUCCAUUCCAACACAUGAAACAAAACAAAACUUAAAGGUAAAAUUUUCCCAGAUGGUAAGCUACCUGGUUCAACAGAUUUGAGCUAGUGUGCAAGCCAACACCAAAGUUGUUUGAAUAGUCAAUAGUUUUUGCUUGAGCACAGUAAAGAUUUAUCUCAUAAAAACAAAAAAGUGAAUGCAAUUUCACACUAUAAAUAACUUUGUGAGAUACAUGAAAUCCACAGACUGGAACAGAAAUCUAUGGCAAUCUGGCCACAAAUGUUAUUCACAUUAUAAGCAAAAGAAAUUUGACUAGUCUUCAGCAAUUCCAUCUUUUCUUGCAGCCUCCAAAGCAAUCACAGAUAAUAAAUAUUGAACAGAAGGAUCUGCACUGUCUUUCUAUGUCUACUUGCUUACAUGUCACACAAAGAAUUACUUAGUGGGAUGGCUAGAUUCCUAACACACCAGACAGAAGCAAACUUGAUAGCAUUUUUGUAUUACAAUUGCAAACCCUAUGUAAUCAAAACUGAUUAUUUGUUUAUUUUGGUCACAGACCUGACUGACUGCUAACUAGAAAUCCCUGUCAAUCAAAAGUGAAGUAGGAUAUAACAUCUAGGAAUUUUCUGUGCAGCUGAAAAGCUUAUCCCAACAGCAGCAAUGACAAAAAAGCACAAUGGCCCUUGAAAAUACAAAAGACUCACAGCAUUUAGAAUGCUGUUAACCAUAACAGUAAAAUAUUUUGAAAUUUGGAAACUGUCUACAAAAGAGACCACAUGCUUUCAUUUUUGGCAAGGAAAUUUUCUUUGAAUUAGCUUUACUCAUUACAGGUUGUCCAAUAGUAGAACUUGACUUAACAGACUCUAAUUUCUUGAAAGCAUCUUAUUCAUCAUGUUAGUACACUUUAACCAGCUUGGUUAUAUCCAUGCUAGGACAGUGCUGCUUGGAAGCAUGCGCUACAACAUUUGGGGGAACUAGGAAUAGGUGUUCACAGUGGAGCACUUAACAGGAUUGGUGGUGAAUGACCUACUGGGAAACCUUCUUCCUCUCAGCUUGAUUUUAACCACUUCCCUUACAGAGUUGUGUACUACAAAAGCUAGGCACUGAUGAAAAAGAAUUAGCCCCCCUUUCUGAUGGCUCUAGUAGUCUAUUCCUCCUUUAUCAUCUUAAGAAUAUGGGUCAAAGUUAAGACUACUAACUCAAGCUCUGCUUGCUCUCUCUUCCUGCCAUUCCAUUCAUUCCAUCCCAAAUUACUUUUCUUGCUAGGGGACCAGCCAUAAAGAAAAUAAAAACUCUCUCACCUGCUUCUGACUUCCCAAUAACAUUCAGGAAGAAGUUUUGUUACAUAUCUUUUGCAUUUUGGUUAUAACUUUUUAAAACAAUAUGUAAAGCAGCCUUAGAAGUCCUUCUGCAUGUGAAUCUCACCUUUUGAGACAGCCAGACUCCACACUUCCCUGCCUAUUGAGAAGGCUGACCUAAUACAAGGAGAGGUGUCCUCUCAGAAUAGCCCCUGUUGACCUCCUGAUUUGAGGGAAUCUUCUUGCCUGUGCACCUAGCUCAGCUCCAUUCAAAGGAAAUUAUAUUCUGUAUUCUUUUUUUCUUUUUUUCUACCACUUUGGAGCCUUAUCUUUGCAUAACUGCUCUUGAGGCACAAGAGCAGAUACCAAUUCUCAGCAAAGUAAUAUAGUCCUCAGUCCCUCAUAUGGACAGCCUCUGAGUGCUAGGCUUUAGCUCUCUUCCCCAUUCCGAGUUUUAAAUUAAUCUUCAAUAGUCAGAGAAAGAUGUUUACAUCCCGUCUCACCUCCUUACCUAAACAAGAUGAUAUCAUGUUAAUACAACCUAUAAGCCAUGUUUCCUGCUUAAUAACCUGGAAAUGCAAUUGAAAUUUCAAUCGCAAAGUUGAAAAAUGAAUCUUUGCACUCAGGGGGUCAAAGACACAAAAAGUAAAACUAGAAAUGCUCCACUUCCUCUGGUGUUUUGAAAGAAAACACACAUUCAGUAAUCAUAUUCCAUAAGAAAACACAUCUGAGAGGCAAACUGACUGUAAAAUAUUAGGUAUUUGCCUGCAUUAGUACUUUCAAAUGCUGCUAUUUGAGAAAACACAGCAUGAAAAUAGAGACUUUUGCUUGCACUUUCAAGGUAAGACACAGUUCAGUGAUGUAGAAUUAGAGGAGACACGUUAGCCAGAAAAUCUGGAACUCAGUUCAAAACAGGAAUUAAAUGGAAAGCAUCAACUUAAAAUGUUACUUGCAGAUCUCACCUUCCAUUUAACCUCACAUAGUCUACAACCAAUCCAUGUGCUGCUAUCAGCUUAAUUUGCUUUCUUCUAAUAACUUCAACAAGUGCUACAAAAUAUAUUUAGAUUCAUUAUCAUAAGAUUUUUUUUUUUUUUUUUUUUGGUAGAGGAAAAUUUCCUAUUUUUUUUUUUACAGGAAGAACCCUUCAACAUUUAGUCCCACUCUACCUCUAUAAGAUUGUUAUAUAGAAAAACUGAAAAAGAUAAAUUGGGCCUGAGUUAUUUACUUUUCUUAUUAAACAUUUUGUUGAACUAUGUACAAAGAUGCUGGCCUAUAAUAUGGAGUUCUGGGACUUUGAACACAAACUGUGGAACUCAAACAAAGCAGUAAUUUUCAGCAGUCUCCUCCCACAACAUACACAUGAGUUACAUUUAAUAGGACCAAAACACUUAGGGAAAAGUACAGUGCUUUCUAGGGAAAACCAUCUAUUCUCUUUGACAAAGGUCUAGAACAUAUUGGUCCCUUCAGACCAGUACGAAGUCUGAUAACCAAAGAUUGGAGAUUGCUUAACAACAGGACCAUUUGGGUGAGGAUGACCUGACAUUAAAGUAUUGUUCUUUCCACCCAGGUUCUCAUAAAUAUCCAUUUUAAUGACACAUAACCAAGAUGAUUUGUAGAGACCUUCCCCUGCUCUGGUCAACACAUUUGAGUUGUAGCCAGACAUACCAGCCCACAAAUGAAAGUGAGAGAGAAAAAGAGCUGGCAGGCACUUUCAGCACUCUCUCCACAGCUAGCCACCAAAGUUCAUUUCUCUUGGAUCCUAAGGGUCUGGUUUUUGCUUAGCUUUCUAUUUUCUAAUUUUGGGCACCUCCCACUUGCCAUUCAGUUUUCACAAGUAGUCACCACCAAGCAAGCUGAAGCUGCUUUAAUGCUAAAGGAUAUCACUCACAGCUCAUUGCAAGUAGAGUUCUCUGCAAGAGUCCAGUGUCAUAUGUGUUGUUCUAGCUUCAUUUGUUGUCAGGCGCUAGAGUUGUUGGCGAACACUUCUCCUGUACAAUUCUGCAUGUAUUCUUAUGUAUAAGGUCUUCUGUCCUCUUAAUGUCUGCUUUGUGUGACUAUAUGUAUGCCCAUCCCCCACCGGCUAUGUGAUAAAAAUAUUUUGUGAAUCUUACAUGGCUCUGUCUUACCCAGUUAAAAAAGAAGAGGGUUGGGAAAAAUAAUGAAAAAGAAUCAAAUUAAAUGUAAACAAUGAAGAGUUCAAGAAAUAGGUUUCAAUUAUUUUUAUUUUUUCAGAUGUUUUCUUCAGAUCCUAGCCUGAAGCUAUAUAAUAUUGUAAAUUGUAAAUAAAUAGUACACAGUUAGAAGUGAACACAGAAUGCAGACAUAUGUGGGUGAGUAUACACACAUAUGGACACAGUCACCUUUACAACAGAGAUGAAUCUUAAACUUUCAAACAAUGUCCUCAUCUCUUUCUCUGUGACAGUGUUACUUUCUUCAUUGUGCAUUAUAUUUUGAACACAAAUGACAUCCUGCUCCAUUCCUUGUGCAGAAACCUUUACUUAUUCAUGUGCAAAAUUGUUGGGAUGCCAAGAGUCAUCUCAGCUGGCCAUUAGCUUCCAGCCAUUGGAAGGGGAUUCCUAAAAUGGUCUGAAAAAUGAGCUUUGGCUUAGCUGUUGCCUUCCCCUGUCUGCCCAACCCACCCUCCUGCCCCAUCACACUGUGCCAAACAGCAAAACAGCACAUCAUGCAGAGGCACUGGUGUUCCAGUGACUAGGAGACACAGCACUCUCAGAUACAUAAACUCCUAAAAGCUAUGAAUUUUUGUCUUAUUCAACCAAAAGGCCUUCAAAAUGGUCCAUGGGGAUAUCAACACAUUUCUGUGUAAUGUAUGAGAAAAUAUCUGUGAUUUUCUGUAUUGUAUGUUUUUCAUUGUUUCUGCAUAUAUGGCUGCCGUUGUUCUAGUGAUGUGGUUAAAAAAUUAUCUGCUAAUGUUCUUAUCAGCAAUUUUUGACCAGCCUGAAACAGAGCCAUUGCCAGGGUGUUUUUCAAUUAAUGAUUAACACCCAUGAAGAUCUUCUACAGUAAUUAGUGCCAUAUAAGGUCAUGGAUACUAUAAAUUAAGCCAAUCCAGGGUGAAACAUACCCACAGAUCACAGUGGAAAGAGCUCUUCCAAAAGCUCUGGCAUCUGCUACAUUUCUUCUUUGCUCUUUUGAGGAAGUUCACUCUCUGCAGUAUCCUUUCUCUGGUAGGGGACAUGCACUCAUGCUACAGAAGUGGGAAAGCAGAAGAAAGGGCAUAUUCCUUUCACAGGAAAGAACGUAUGUUUGCUGUAGGAAAGCCAGCUCUAUAAUAAGAUUAAAACAAACAAACCAACCAACCCAAGCAGCUUGCUAUUCUUUUUUAUUCCCAUGUCUCCUUUGAAUUGAUAAACGAAAUACCAAUGCUUACGAAACCUUUGGGAGGAAGUUAAGAAAGAGUGACAAGGCUUACACGAAACUUCUUUGGCAAGGUGGAGACCUUUCCAAAGCAGUGAACAUAUGCAGUGAAUGAAACCAUAGCAUAUAGUUUCUAAUUGUGAUCACAAACAGGCAGUUUUAAGUAGAAAAUUGUCAUUCAAAUCUACAGCAGCAAAAGAUAGUACUACCUUAUAUAUGGAAAUCUGUAAACAUAGAUUAAAAUCAAUGGCUUGGAAGAAAAAGGGGAAUAUUUGAAGAGCUACUUAAAAACACAACCUCCCAUCGUCUCUUUUGGACAAACCUUUUAGUGCUUUCCUGUUCCUUCCUGCUACCAGUUGUCCUAAUAUUCCUAGUUUUCCUAAUAUUAGUCCUGUAAUGCCUCACAAAUGAAAUGAAAGGCUAAAUUAAAAUUUGCAACACAAAUUGAGAGCAGGAAUGAAGAUAGCACUGUAGGUAAGCUAGCUCAUUUAUAAGAAUUUUUAAAAUGCCCCAAGCUGCUGGUGGCCGCCUGCAUUUAUUGUCCUCCAAGUAGUUUAGGUUCCUACAAAGUGUUACAUGUCAGAAGCUUUGUAUGUGUAAUCUGAUCCCUGUUUAAAUCAGUGAAGCAAUUUUUUAGGGUCAGGAGCUUUGUCUUUCAAAAAUAUGAAGUAUGUGACUGUGUAUACUGCCAUGGUGGAAUUGCUACUUUUUUAGGAAGAAUAAUUUUAGCCUGGUUUUUCCUAUGAAUGUACUGCUUCACAAAUAUUAAAAGGAUUUCAGUACCAAUGUUACAAGCUAAGUGAAUCAACUGGCAACUUCUUUUAAUCAUUCUCUACAAAAUAUUGUAUUAAAUACUCAAGUUAUACUUUAAAAAAAUUGCUAUAUUAUCUUCAGCUGCACAACAGUGAGACAAUUAAAUUGUAUUUCAUGUUUGGCCUCAAAUAUAUGUAGGAAUAUACUGUAUCAAAUUAGAUAUUUUUUUUAAGUGGGCAGUUUCCAUUGCAGUGUAAUGACAUAUGUGCAGAAGCCAGGUAUCAAGGAUGCGGUAUAGAAAGUAGAGCUCUUGGUCUUCUCUGCAACUUAUUGGUAUUGUAAGGCCACUGAUUUUCUUAAAAACUUGUUCAUUUUUUACUUUCACUGCAAUUUAUUCGCAUUGUCAGCUUACUGAUAUUAAAAACCUGUUAGAAUAUUCUAAUGCUAAGGAACAGAAGGAAAACAUGUAUUCUUUCCUAGUUUUUGCAGUUGUUUUCUGUUCCCAGUUUCUGCUUCUAAACUACCACUCAAAUUUCCAACUGCUCUGAGCCAACUGGCCGUACCAUUUUUCAGUCUCCAGUGUACAAACACACAGGUAUGUCAGUGGCCAUGUGUCAUCAAGAAAAUCAUAACCAUUUCUGACAAUCUCCAUUUCUCAACGCAAGGUAACAUAUACAUAUUGUAUAUACGGGUAACAAGCUACUUUAAAAUUGAAUUGCCAUUUGAACAUGGGAAUUUGACUUCAGAUCUGCUAAUCUGCAUCAAGAUCUUGGCAAUGGUCCUGACCUCUCUGUUUCUUUCUUUCUUUAUUUCCUUUACUGCUGUGUGUGCCUGGAAAGCAGGUUAUAGUCAUCACUACUGUACAUAUGUAUUUGCAUGUGUGUACCUUGAUAAAUUCUCUCUUUUGGAGUUCUGAAUUUUUCAUUUCAAGUCCAGCUGGUACAAUUGUGAACUCAUCUUUCCAGUAUCCUCAUCUGUGUCUGAUUGCCAGCUUCCAAAAUGUUUGACCAAGUGUUUUGAUUAAGUCUUCUGAGGAAAGCUGUCUGUAUAUUUGUGGAAGGGCAUGCUCUAUGUAGGAUGACUGUGUACAGUAUAAAUCUAUAAAAUGUGGAAGUGUUUAUAAAUUUAUCUGCAAAAUAUUUAUCAUCUGUGUAACAAAUGCAAAGUUAUUUAGUGUACAUCAAAUUAAUAAAUGGGGAUGAUUUUUUGCUCUGCUAUAUUAAAAUAAAGAUAUGUUCUCUGCAAUGAAUAUA